GCCGCCACCCACAACCCGUUCAAUCGUCUUCACAUACCAGUCUCCAUCUCCGGUCGUAGCAGCAGCAAGCCAGCUAUGGAGGGGUGCGACCGGAUCAGGGGGCCAUGGAGCCCGGAGGAGGACGCCGCGCUGCGGCGGUUGGUGGAGUGCCAUGGCGCGCGCAACUGGACGGCCAUCGGCCGCGGGGUGCCCGGCCGCUCCGGCAAGUCCUGCCGCCUGCGGUGGUGCAACCAGCUCUCUCCCGGGGUGGAGCGCAGGCCCUUCACGGCCGACGAGGACACCAUCAUCGCGCGCGCCCAUGCGAGGCUCGGCAACCGCUGGGCCGCCAUCGCGCGCCACCUCCGUGGCCGCACCGACAACGCCGUCAAGAACCACUGGAACUGCUCCCUCAAGCGCAGGCUCGGCGCCGUCGACGUCGCCGGAGAGGGCGAGGAGGAGCGGCCGUCCAAGCGCGCCAGCGUCACGCCGGAGAGCACCUCCGGGUCGGGGUCGGGGUCUGGAUCCGGGUCCAACCGCAGCGACCUCAGCCAUGGCGGCGCGUUCGGGCUCGGUCAGGUUUACCGGCCGGUGGCGCGGGCCGGCGGGUUCGAGCCGGCGGACUGCGCCAUGAGCCAGCGACACGAGGAGGAGGAGCAGGAGGACCCAUUCACGUCGCUCUCGCUCUCCCUCCCCGGCACGGAUGCCCACGCGUUCCACCACGACAGCUCCCGCAGCCAUUUCCACCAGCCGUCUCCCUCCCCGUCGCCGCCGCCCGCUCCGGCGUCCACCACAGCGCCACCGGCAUCGUCAUACCCGUUCUCCCCCGCUUUCGCCGCCGCGAUGCAGGAGAUGAUCCGUGACGAGGUGCGCAGGUACAUCUCCGGCGUCAGCUGCGGCGCCAACCUGCCGUCCAUGUCGCAGCUUCUGGAUGGCGUGAUGCGCGCGGCGGUGGAGCGCGCCGGUGGGGUCUCGAGGAUGCAGUGACCGAUCAAUCGAGUAGAUCGGCAGCAAUGCCUGGCUGGCUUCAUUUCGUUAGGAUAUAAAGUCCGAACUGAAUUAGCAAUGGGAGAAAGAAGAACUAGGCAAACCUGACGAUUUGCUUCUUUCUUCUUGUACAUAAAAACAAAUGAAAUGGAA